CAGCAGCUGUGACUCAAACACGUGAGUGUGUAAACAGACUCAGAAGUCGUACAUAGGUCUGGGGGCUGCAGCCACGCAGAACACUAGUUUGAUGCCGUCCCAUUAUUUUUGUCUGGCAUUAUUUGCCACGUUGUUGUGCCUCUGUGAAAACUACACUCUGAGAAAUUCAGUGUCUUGGGCUGUUACCUCCAACGAUGUGGUCGUGGAGGGAGAACUGGACGCCGUAUCCGAAGAGGAGGUCGCCCCCGCUUUGCUAGUAGAUAACGUGGGGUUAUGGAAGCAAGCAUACCCACCGUCGGUGUUACGAGACGGCGGGGAGAACUCUAAAGAAACUGUCCAAAACAAGGAUGCAGCUCAUGUGUCAUCCGCCUCCAGGGUAUUUUCUUACCGGAUGGAGGAGGUGAAAGUACCCGCCAGUAACCCCUCUCCUCCCCCGCACCAGGAGACGGCGAGGACCGCAAGAUACAUAGCCCACAAUAGCUAUUGGGGACAUCUAUCCACCAUAUCCACGCAGGACAAGAUUAAAGGCCUUCCCUUCGGAAACAUAUUCUCUGUCAGUGAUGGGCCAAUGGACAACAGCACAGGGGUCAUCUAUUUCUAUGUAACUCCAAUGGACAACACAGUGACAGACUUGAGGAACUUCCCUUAUGCUUCACUCACCUUUUCAGAGGCAGAGGGAGACUUCUGCAGGAAUAUGGUGUAUGACCCUGAAGACCCCAGGUGUGCCAGACUCACUCUUACAGGAAAGAUGGUGGAUGUUGGCGAAGAUGAGCUGGAGUUUGCACAGGAGGCAAUGUUUUCUAGACACCCAGCAAUGAAGAAAUGGCCCCCAGGACACAAGUGGUUCUUCAUGAAGCUUCAGCUCACUCAGGUCUGGCUCCAGGAUUGGAUAGGAGGGGUGUCACUCAUCCCACUGGAGGAAUACUUUAAAGCCACACCAUACUGAGGUCCCGUCCACAGUGUGGCCCAACACAGAUUCUGAUUGGAGGAUUCUAGCUGUCACUGACCAGACUAAUAAAAUACAUCAAGUCUAAAUGUAUAAGCUUUAGGCCUAUACAUUUGAUUCUCUGAGUCUAACUAUGCGGAAUGUCUCAGAGUGAAAGGACACUGAUAAUGUCAUUUUAGAGACAGAAAACAUGGGUAAUGUGAUAUGGGGUUGGUUGAUGAGACAAUGUAAGCUAAAACUGAAUGUGGUCUUUCCUUGCAUAUUUUUAUUCUCAUACUUGUUUUCACUGACAGUGUCUCUAAAGACGAGUAUGUGAACCGCAGACAAUGAUUUAGAAAUGAAAGUGAAUGUAUCGGUGUGAAUGUAACAGUAUUAUAUGUGCUUUGGUAAGACGUUUCCCAUCUUACUGUACCACUAGCCGAAGACAAACUCAUCUCACUUGCCGCUGAAAGCUGUGUAAACAAAUCGGAAUGAAUGUGUUUUGCAGUGAGAUAGGCCUAGCUACUUAUCACAGUGAAACAUUUGUAAAUUGCUUAAACGAUUUAACAUGAAUUUGUUGAAAUAGUAUCAGUUACUUUAUACUGAAUGCAUUUGGGUUUUAAUGACGAUAUGUUAAUAUUUGCCCUAUUAAAAAUAAUGUGCCUAG